AACUUUUUACUUUAAUCAGUUUGUUCAACUGCUGCUUGCGGGGCACCGUUUCUUUCCAAAAACCAAUAUAAAUAUUAUAAGUGUUUGAGAUCUCCUAAAAAUUGUCUAUUGAAACAGGUCUUAAGUACAAGUCAAUGGGCGCUUAAGUUUUUGGAACAGUCACAAAAGUUUUACUGACGGAUUUUGUUAUUUCUACCACAAUUCCCCUGUCCGUCCCAGUCUAAUUGGCUUUCAAGUUUAACCAACAGCACAAAAAGCCAGGUCUACAUUUUCGCUUACAGUAAACAGUUUAGGGUUACCGAAGAGCUUUACUGCCGCGAAGGCCACCGCGCCCAGCCACAGCCGGCAAAUGGCAGAGCAGACGGGAUCCCGGCCGCUUGUCUUCCCUGACGCCUCCUCGCGGACCCUGCAGCACCCGUCUUUCGUCUCCCUCUAUAUGGCUGUCGGGUCCAUGCAGUGCGGCUGGCGAGCUCGCAGCCGGAGCUUCCCAGCUCCGGCCAUGAUUCCCUCAGACUUUUUCUACAAUGAUCCUCUGCAGGCACCAGGACAUCGAAUCCCCAACAAUGUGGCUCAGCUUGAGGUUUUUGAAUGCUGUCAACUGAAUACCCCUGCACCAAUCAUGUCAGCCAGCAUCACCCCACCAAUCAGAGCAGAUCCCUUUAGAACAGAACCCCGCCUAAUCAGAGACCUGGGUUCCCAGGUAUGGGCCUGGGACCACCUCUGUGCUCCCCAAACUUCUACACUUGGUCCUACCCUGAGACCGAGGAGGGAGGUCAUUCAGCUGUCUGCUGAGGAGGACCAAGCCAUCACUAACCUCCUGAAGCUCCGUCACGAUUCCAUCAGCGAGCCAAAUCAUGAGACGCCUUGCCAGCUGAGAUGGAGCCCUGCCAUGCCAGCCAAUCAGGAAGAUGAUGCUAGCAUUGACUGCAUACCUCAGAUGACAAUGACAUCGAAAGGGCAAUCCGGACAGUGGUCAGACACAGAACUAGAGGCUGCUGAUAUUCUCCUUACGCUGGAUGACGGGGAAGUAGGAAUAAAGGAGACGCAUAGUCUAGCUCAAGGGGACAGUGAAAGCCAAAGUGCAGACACUGUGGAUCAGUGCUUGUUCAUCUCCAGUGGCCUGGGACACACGUCCUUAGGGUCACUUCACGUCAACAGUGAUGAUGUCAAUUCAGCAUACAGUGUGGAAGAUUCUGAGAUUGGCCAAGUGGACAGGGCCGCUUGUGGGGGCGAAGAAGAAUCUGAGAAUUCGGGGAUAACGGACCCGCAGGAUGAUUGCACUGUGCACUGUGGGGGCUCUCAGUGGUUGGAAGAAUCUAGCAAGUGGCUUCAAAAGCAGCAGGAAGAGGAGCAGUUAGGGCUGAGAACGGGGCUGCGAGAUGAGACUGAGGGGGCUGUUGUGUCUGCCCUGCUCCAUCUUUCCCAACAACCACAAGGUCUUCCACCCACCUAGAGGUGUUUGAAGUAGAAGAGUAAAGUUCUGCAUGCUAUUUUUUCAGUGUACGCGUCAUUUAAAAUGUUCUAUACAAAUACAGUUACUCGUAUUUUCACUGGUUCUGUUUUAGGUUUAUUUUUUUAUUUAAACUUGAACAGGUUUUUAAAAAAUAUGGAUACUUUUAAAACAUGGUUUGCUGUUCAUAGAGAAUAUUGACCAAAAUGUGCAAAGUUUUUCAUCCCUCAUUUAAAAAAAAAUAAAAAAAUUUAACGUU